AUGACUGCCCCAUCCCUGCAUGGCCUUGCCAUGAACCGAAUGCGUCCAUUCGUCACACUGUGCUCGCUGCUGCUCUGUGGCCUUCUUCCUCCGGUCUUUGCGCAGGCCCCGGAAGGCUCGCUGCUGGAGCAUCGUGAAGAAGGUGAGGUCCGCCUCGCGGAAGUCCGCCGCUAUGUCCUGCGCGCCAGGAAUGCCCGGCUUGGCCUCUUUGUUCAGAUCGGUCAUCACGACUGGGCAUCCCAGAUCUCCCACUGCCUAGAGGAGGUGCUGUCGGCAACCGACGAGCCAACUGGCGUCCAUCUCAACUUCGUCAACGGCACGGCCCCUUCCGAUGACGAGGUGGAAGAGUUGCUCGGCUACGUCCAGGGCAAGCACAGCAAGGCCAACAUCUUCGUCACCAACUCCGCGGGGGCCGCGGCCGACAUGCCUCAGUUCUUGAUGCAGCUGGACUCCGCCACUCGCGGGGGUGUGGAUUACGAUAUCCUCCUGAAGCUCCGUGUGUCUCCGCGAGACGACAUCCAACAACUUGCGUCCCAGGCCCUUUGUGGAACGCGCUUCCACGUGCGCUCGGUGCUGAACGCUUUCGCUAGCAGGCCUUCGCUGGACCUCAUUGCCCCUGCAGGCACCAUCAUAGACCGCAAGACCAGCUCCAAGCAUUUGGCGCCUUCCGUCUUUAACAAGGUCCUCGGCAACCGAAGCUGGGCAGGCUUCAGCGAGGGCAGCGCGAAAGGCGUGCGCUCCCUGCUGCUGAUGAACACGGGCAACGUGGGCCUCAACGAAGCGGAGGACCUCGCUACCUACGUGGCCGGCGGGAGCUUCUGGCUGCGGAGACAGGCGGAGCCUCUGAAGACCGCGGUCUCGGCGAUCCCGCGGCUUGCUCCUCUGAUCCAGAAGCGUAACGACGAAGCUCACGCUCUCGAGACGGCUUUGGAAUGCUUCGUGACCACCGCGCUGCGGCUGCGCGGCCGAAGCCUGGCGACGAUGCCCCCCGCGCCGAAGGUCAUCGCCAUGUAUUAUCCGCAGUUCCAUCAAGUGCCCGAGCUGGAGAAGUACUUCGGAGACGGCUACACGGACUGGAAGGCGCUCCAGGACUUCAAAGGCGACGGACUCCGGAAGCCUCUCAGCGAGGAGCGCGGAGGACUGGGCUUCUACGACCUGAUGAAGCGCCAGGUGCGAGGUCGCCAGGCGAACCUGGCGAAGCAGCACGGAGUGCAUGGCUUCUCGUACUACCACUACUGGUUUGGCGGCGAGGGCGGCCACAACAAGAGCGUGAUGUGGAAGGUGCCCUACCAGGUUCUCCACGAUGGGCAGCCGAAUUUGCCCUACUUCUUCACCUGGGCGAACGAGCCCUGGACCCGGAAGUUCUCGGGCCAGGCUGGUGAGGAUGUCCUCAUCCCACAGACGUAUGGCGACCGUGACCACUGGGAAGAGCACUUCGAGCACCUCAUGCAGUACUUCAAGGAUCAUCGCUACAUGAAGAUCGACAACAAGCCGGUCUUUGCCAUCCUCCGUCCGCAGCUGCUAGAGUCGAAGCUGGAGCCCAUGCUGAAGCUUUGGAGGAGCCUUGCGGUGCAGAAGGGCUUCUCCGGCCUUUACAUCCUCUCCUCUGUGGGCCGACGUUUCUACGAGGAGCACAACUACAAGGCGAACCUGUUGGAUGGAGCCUUCCACAACGCACCAAGCUGCAGAGACCUCUGCGGUGGUGUGGCCUCCAACAGAGACCUUUACCUCGUCAAGGAGCCUCACCAGUACUGGGGUGCCGCGACGGGCUUCGAUGGCCGUGUGCACGGCAACAGCGGGGCCCUGCACGUGACGCCGAAGGACUUCCAGCAAGCCCUCAUCGGGUCCUUCGCCAACAUGACCGCCAUGCCGCAGCGACAUGUCCCUGAGAAUCUCUUCUUCGUUGGCUCCUGGAACCACUGGGCGGAGCAGCACACCCUCGAGCCGGACGAGAAGUACGUUUUCGGCUACCUCCAGGCCUUGCGCAACGCCCUGGAGCACGUGCAGCCGCGUGAACUUGAAGCCCGAGAGACAGGCUCCACUACUCAAGAGUCCGUAUGA